AUGCAAACCCUUGCAGUGCUGGUGGUGUUGCUACUGGGAGCAUCACUGGUGCUGCCAGACGCAGACACAGCAGGAGAGAAGGCGACCCAAGCUCCCAUCCCCUGCUCUACGGGCUGCACCUGUCUGCACGAUGACUUCAGCUUGGAUCUCAACGUGUACUGCAGCGCACGUAACUUCACGCAAAUACCAAGUGACAUGCCACCGUCCACUUAUUCUCUCUGGCUAGAUGGAAAUUUAUUCACCUCGCUCCCAGCAGCAUCUUUUAGGGAUCUAACCAACCUGGAUUUUUUGAAUCUCCAGAAUGGCCAGCUGGUGACCCUUGACCCCCAGGCUUUCAAAGGCCUCAGGUCCCUAGCACACAUUCACCUGGAGAGAAAUCGCCUCCGGGUGUUACCAGCUACCGUUUUCCAGAAUACCCCUAACCUGGCUUCACUUAGCUUGCACAAUAAUCAGAUGAGUCGCAUUGAUGAAAGAUUAUUUUCUGGGCUCUCACACAUGUGGCUUCUUAAUCUAGGGUGGAACUCACUGAUAGUCAUUCCCGAGACAGCUUUUCAAGACCUGCAAGGCCUGCGAGAGCUCAUUCUUGCAGGGAACAGGAUUGCAUACUUGCAGCCGCAGCUCUUCCAAAACCUUGGUGAGCUUAAAGAGCUGGACCUGACAGGGAAUUACCUUAGGGUCAUCAAAGCUAAUGUGUUUGUUAAACUCACCAAGCUACAAAAACUUUACCUGGCCCAGAAUCAGAUUAUGACUGUGGCACCCAGAGCAUUUUUUGGCAUGAAGUCGCUCCGAUGGUUGGAUCUCACGAACAACAAAUUAGCUUCCCUACACGAAGACACGUUCUUGGGUCUGUACAGUCUUCAUGUGCUGCGUCUUUCCAACAACUCUUUAAACGGCAUAAGGCCCAGGACGUUCCGUGAGCUGCAGUACUUGGAAGAACUGCGACUCAGCCACAACAAGAUCCGAGCUCUUGGGGAAAGGAUUUUUGAAGGGCUUGGCCAUCUUGAGGUCCUUGAGUUAGAGCACAAUAAAGUGCAGGAGGCACAAGCGGGGAGUUUCACGGGCCUCUCUGAUGUAGCUGUUAUUAAUCUAUCUGGAAGCUGCUUUCAAAGGUUGCCUGAUCAAAUUUUUAAUGGUCUGUCCAAGCUUCACAGUCUCCAUCUGGACAGAGGAUGCCUAACAAGGAUCACAGCUCAGGCUUUCAGAGGUCUCUCAGGUUUACGGAGACUUUUCCUCCAACAUAACAAUAUCUCUGCGGUGGAGAAUCAAAGUUUUGUGGAUCUGGUGGGCCUUCUUGGACUGGACUUAAGUUUUAACAAGCUGGAAGUUCUCACAGCUAACACGUUCUCUGGCCUCAGUAAUUUGGAGUACUUGCUACUGACCAACAAUGAAUGUCGACAGUUUCUGCAGAACGGAACAAAACAAACACUUCCACGUCUGCGUUAUUUGGAUCUGAGAGCUAACACCUUAACGAGCAUGGUUCCUCAUUUUUCUGAGAACAUGGAAAAACUUCUGCUGUCUGGAAACCGGUGGAGAUGUGAUUGUAGCACGCUGCCACUCAGAAGCUACAGCUUGCGAAAACCACAGGUGGUGCCUCGGCAAGUAGAGACCCACGCAGAGGGUGAAGAACCAGAUACAACCAUCACCAUAUAUAACAACAUCACAUGCACCAGCCCCGCACAUCUAGCUGGUCAGGACCUACGGGAUGUGGACAUUGAGCUGUUCAGAAAUUGCUGACAAGGACUUGAACU